AGUAUUCCUCUGGCUCCUGAUCUAUCUGUUAUAGUAGCUUUUAAGGUUUCUAAUAAUAUUAAAUUAUAUAUACAGAUUAAUAAAGCUAAAUAUAAGCAGCUAGCUAACUGUAUCUAUUACCUGAUAAAGCCACUAAAGAAGGAUAAUAUAAAUAUCUAUAAGAAUAUAGAGUUUAUAAUAUAUAUCCAGAAG